AACUGCACCAUCUUACUCACUUAAAGAAGAUCAUGAAAACUUCAAAAAAAGAUGUGAAUUCAACAAAUGGACAGCCUGUUGAUGCAGAUUUGGAAACAGAUAUGUCAAGACCAAGUCUUAGUGAACCAAGCAACCUUCUUUUGCCAGAACAAACUGAAAUACUUGCUAAGCAUCUUCCACCAAGGACAGUUGGUUAUCUCUGGACUCUGACAUUCAGUGCUUCAAAACAUGGCAUGAGCAUAAAAACACUGUACCGGGCAAUGGCAGAUCAGAACUCACCAGUUUUAAUGGUUAUAAAAAACAGUAAUGGAGAGAUAUUUGGUGCUGUAGCAUCUGAACCUUUUAAGGUUCAAACGUCGUACUAUGGAACAGGAGAAACUUUUCUGUUUACCUUUUCUCCUGAGUUUAAAGUAUUUAAGUGGACUAAGGAUAACAUGUUCUUCAUAAAGGGGGAUACAGACUCCUUAGGCUUUGGUGGUGGUGAGGGAGUGUUUGGUCUGUGGGUAGAUGGAGAUCUUUAUCAUGGGAGAAGCCAUAUGUGCAAAACAUUUGGAAACCAGUCACUUUCCAAGGAAGAGGAUUUUAUUAUUCAGGAUAUUGAAAUCUGGACCUUCCAAUAA